UGAUUUGAACACAUUUGGAAUUGUUCACUUAAUGAGGCGUUUACCAAUUUAAGUUGUCAGUUGAGUUAGCGAAUAAGUUUGCAGGUAAGAUAACAGUGACAAAUAUUAUCAUGCUUACGUCAACACUAUUUCAUAGACAAGCUAAACUGGCCGUCAAAAAAAUGCCUAUGGCUUCCGUUCAGCGCACGCGGAAGUGAAUACUUAGUGAUUUCCUUUUCCUUCACUACCUAUUCAAAUAAUCUAAAGAAAGUUUUUUUGAGUAAUAAAUUUAAGUUAAAUCCGAGCUCAUAUAAAUUUAAGUUGUGAUAUCGUUGUUGUGGACGUGGAUUGUUAUUUACCAUCACAAUGGAAGUUACCGAUUUUAGUGAUAUAUUAAACAUUCGUACUGUUAAAAUGGAAACAGGAGAAAAUGGAUUUGAUAGUGUAACAGAAGUAGAGUCUUCUGAUCCUUUAACAGCGAUACCGCAAUAUGUAACGGAAAGUGAUUUGGGUCUUAUGCAAGCGGGAACGGAGAUUCUUCAGGCACCAUUGGCUGUAUUUGACACUGCUGAUGAUGAUGAUACCAUGCAAAGUAAUGACUCAAAUGAAGAGGUGAUUAUACAACUGAUGGAUAUCAGAACUCGUUUAUCUAAACUUAGAGCAAUGUUGGAACAAAGGAUUGGCACAGAUCUGUCAGAUUACACAUUCUGGCUCCAAGAUGCUAAAAUGUUAGAAAACCAUAAAACUUUAGUGGAACAGUGCAUUAGAGGCGAAGGGGUUGUCCAGGUAAACAUUCAGAUAAGACCUGCUGAACAUAAAAUAAACAUCUUAGAUGUACUGAAACCUGACGAAGAGUUGUUACAGCUACCACAACAACCCGAACAACAAUAUGUGGAAGUGGACGAGGAUGUUGUACCAAUACCGGUACAAGUGCAGGAAUGUAAUCAAAUAGUGGAAGAAGAAGCGACUCACGCGGCCGCCGUCAAGUGGAUAGUAGAUCCACACUUUAAGUCGGACCACAGAGUCAAGAUACCAGAUGACCCCAGACAAUGCAAAAAAUUACAUUUUUCACUUCACUCGCUCAAAUGUCUCCAGAACUUUUUACCUCUGAAAACCAAGAUCUCCCUCGUACAGACUCUCCUUUUCCCCAUUCUUGACUACGCUGACGCGUGCUACCUGGAUGCCACUGAGGAGCUUCUAAACAAACUAGAGCGUCUCCAAAAUGUAUGUAUUAGGUUUAUUUUCGGUUUACGUAAGUACGAUCAUAUUUCCCAGUUCCGAUCGCAACUCAAGUGGCUUCCAAUUCGUCACCGCAGGAACGCUCAUGUUCUUUCUACUCUCUAUAACAUCCUAUACAAUCCCUCUGCUCCUUCUUAUCUCCGUAACCUCUUCCACUUAUCCCGGGCCCAGGACAAACCUUGUCGUUCGAACGUAAGGACGUCACUGGCCAUCCCCACCCAUCACUCUGAUUUCUUUUCCUAUUCCUUCACUGUCCAUGCCGCAAGAUUAUGGAACGCUCUCCCCUACGAAUUUAAUCUGACAGGAAUAAAACUGUCAGAUUGGAAUAUAAACGGUUCACAGUUAUGUUCCAUCACUAACGUGGAUUUUAAUGAAAAAGUUCCGUCAGAUCCUGGUGAUAUAUUUUGGACACAUUUUGAAUUAUUGAGGAAAUGCAAAUUUAUCGUGGGUACAUUACGUCAACGAAUUGAAAAAUUCCUAAAAGAAGCUACCGAAAUAAAUGCCGCUAGAUUCCAAAAAGAAGCUACUGAAGUAAAUGUCCCUAGGUUUCAAAAAGAAGCUAUUGAAAUAAAAACCAAUGAAAAUGUUCCAGCAAAAGAUCCCCUUGAAAUGCCGCAGUCUGCGAUAAAGAAGAAACCUAAGCAGUUAAUACUAAAGCCCUCAUCUGAAGACGAUCUCACACCUUACAUGACGGCACGUAACGGCAAUAACGGGCAGAUUCAAUUAUGGCAAUUUCUACUGGAACUACUGACUAGUGCCGAAUAUUAUGACGUCAUACGGUGGCAUGGUACAAACGGUGAAUUUAAAUUAUUGGAGCCAGAACGCGUCGCCCGUUUAUGGGGCGCUCGUAAACACAAACCCGCCAUGAACUAUGAGAAACUGUCGAGAGCACUACGGUAUUAUUACGACGGUGAUAUGAUAGCUAAAGUGACCGGGAAGAGAUUUGUAUACAAAUUUGUAUGCGAUUUGCAACAGCUCAUUGGAUACGACGCAGGCGAAUUAGCGGAGCUAGUUAAAGAAGUGCACGAUUCCAAGUUAAACAUAUUGUGAACAUAACAUGAACAAAAAAACUUAAGGAAAUAUUGGAAAAUAUUCGUUUCAAAUGUUGUCAACGAAAAAACGUUACCUUUUAAAUUUAAUAAUCCAGAAAAAAAUUUUAAAUAACUGUUCGUAAAAUUCUGACUGAAUUGUAUAUAUAAUAAGUUCUCGUGCCUUAGUCGAAAAGUGGUUUUCUUUUGAGCGGUUAAGGUUCAAAGUUUGAUUACGCAUGUGUUAUAUAAAUACCGACUGUGCGACAUAUCAUUGCAAAUUUUCUUAUCUUUUAGUUAUUUUCUGCUAUAUACUGUUGUUAAAUAAAUUAUAUUUUUAAUUCGUAAGCUUUUAUAAAAUGUUACAGUAAACACCCGAAUUUAAAAGAAAAUCAAAAAUUUUCGACUUUGGCAUUAUUGUGCAUGUACUAUCUCCUUUUACUUUAAUAACUUAUAAUUGGUUAACUGAUCGUUGUUAAGACCUCCGUUGACUAUUUAGGUAUAAAAAAGAAUAAUUUUUGGUACUCGCAUAUAUUUUUAUAUGUUAAAUGUGUUUUAAAAAUACUUAAAUGUAAAGAGAUCCAGUCCAUGCAGCCACGUCUAAAUUAAUUUUCUUCCGUUAUCAUUAUUAACCACUUUUCUGUCUUUUAUAUACUAUACUAUUUUUUUGAACUAUAUGUAUAUAGUUUGGUAUAUGAUAAUUUGGCUCACAAAACACUAAUUUUCAAUAUUACAUUUUUUAUUACAAAUUUUCUUUAGGUUAUAUUGAUCCAAAAUUAAAUUCACAUGUUGCCAUAAACUCUAUUUUUUAAAUAACCGUUUUUCAAUUGUUUUGAAGUCGAUAAAUAUGAAUGUGUAAAUGAGAAUUAAGUGAUAUUGUAAAUAAAUUAGGUUAAUGUUGUUGAUAUUAUGUACAAAUAAAGUUUAUACUUAGUUUUUAAAUGUUUUACUUUACUCAUCUUGAUAUAAUGUAUGAUUAAUGAUGGAGUAUUAAAGCAAAGUAAGCAACUAAAAUUUUACAUAAACAUAUUUGUCAUUUUUUUUCCAGAACCGGAAUCACAUUAGCGAAAUCAUCAAAAUGGGCCAAAGAAAAUAAUAAUUUUCGAUCCUUUACACUUUUUUAUAUAAAUGAAAUUACAAUUAGAAAAAAAUUUUACUAAAAAAAAGUUUACAAAAGUAAAAAUUUACUAGCUCAAUUUACUUUUAUUACAUAAGAAAGAUUUUUCGAUAUAUUCAAAUAAGCCAAACUAUUUGACAAUUCCGGCAUUGUUGUUAAACUUACAGAAAAUUAAAACGUAAAGGGGUCGAGUUGGGAUCAAGGUUGUACAAAUGUUUCAAUUCAAAGUAUGUAACGAAAUUUACUUUAAUUUCGACUACAUUUUUCACUACAUUUGCACAAACGUCCAUUAAAUUUUUCAUUAGUUUAAAGUGACAUUACACAUACAAAUUUGAUAUUCAUUAGAGAUUAAAGGCGUCAUUAAACCUUAAUGGACGUUUGUGCAACUGACCGUUAGUCAAUUCGUUCUUAAUAGUUCAUUUGUAUUAGUUAGGCAGGCCUACUUGCACUAAGUGUAGGCGAUUUCUCGUGGACUCAUUUCUCAAUGAAAGUAACACAGAAAACGAUAAGUUGUAUAAUAAUCAGCUGUUUCAUACAAAAACGAUAAGUUGUAUAAUAAUCAGCUGUUUCAUACAAAAUUGUUAUACCUACAAUCGUUGACAGUAUGAAACAGGUGAUUAUUUUUUCAAUGUUGCUCCCAUAGUAAAAGUUGUUCAGUAUACUUAACUAAUACCUGUCCUGGCAUAUAAGUCCUGGCAUAUCGACUCUGCCGAAUAGAUGAUUUUCUUGACACUAUUACUGAUUCAAUUAAAUUUUUUAUUUUAAAUGUUUGCUAUUUAAAAAGAAAAUAUUUUUUUUUCUUUCCUUUUAAAAAUAGUUGAUCAGUAGAACAACUAAAAUAUUCGAAGCCUUUAGUGACAAAAUAAAAGCCAAAAGUUAUGUAAAAGCAUAUUUUAUUUUUAAUCUUAACCAUUCUUUAGAUAGAAUAAUUCACAGCUUUGGUCUAUAAAGAGCGCAGUUAUCGGAAAUAAAAAAUAUACAUAAUCUAUCACAUACAUAUAUUAUCAACUAUUCCUCAUAAAUAUACCUGGAGUAAUUUCACAAACAAAAAUAAAACCUUAAAAAUUAAAAUUAUAGAAGAGACUCCUAAUCAAAUAAACAGCAAUAAUAAUGCACUCUUAAUCACGUAACCCCUCAUUCCUUACAUCUAUAUCAUCAAUAAACAGAAGGAAAAAAAAAAAGAAUUGCAUAACUUCGAAAAAUCUAGCGUUCCAUCUAGUAGUGUGUGCGUUUUUAUUGUACUCCUUUUUUAAAUACAAACUUUUUAAAUUUAAUAUUACACAACAAAAAAUAGAAACAACUUAUUCUUCAUUUUAGAUUAUACAAUCAAUAUCAAAACGAAGUCACCGUACAUUCUGCAAUCUGUGCCAGAGACAAGUGGCAGA